CAGCCCCGGUACCGACGGGCAGCCCCGGUACCGACGGGCAGCCCCGGCCGGCGCCGCCGGGCCUCUGCGGGGCCGCGCUCGGCGCGCGUUGGCCCCGUCUGUCACAAGUUUGUCCCCCGCAGCCGCCGUCGCUCCCCCCGCGGGCGCCGGGGCGGGCGCAGCGCGGCAGGAUGGCGGCGCCCGGCGGGGAAGCGGCGGCGGGCGCGUUCCCGGGCUGGUUGGCGGCCAGGCUCGAGGCGCUGGGCCUCGACCGCGCCGUCUACGGAGCCUACAUCGAGGGGCUGCUGCGGGAGGAGGAGAGCGAGGAGGAGCGGCUGGAGGCCCUGCGCGGCGUGCUGGCCGCGUGCCUGGAAGAAGAUCUCUUAAGCGAUGUGUGCAGGGAAGUGGUGGAGAAGUGGUCUGAGUCACAGAUUGUCGAUGCCAAAGAGAAGAAAGCAGAUGAGAUCCAAGCCAUUGCCAGCAUGAUGGAGAAGCAGGCCAGGAUCGUGGUGAAGCCAAAGGAAGUCUCCCAGGAAGAGAAGCAAAGGAAAGCUGCCCUCCUGGCCCAGUAUGCCAACGUGACGGACGAGGAAGAUGGCGAGGAUGAACAGGGCGGAUCGAGUGCAGCAGCAGUAAACAUCGCAUCGGAAAAAUCGCUCUUCCGCAACACCAACGUGGAGGAUGUGCUCAACGCCCGCCGGCUGGAGCGCGAGCUGCUGCGCGACGAGUGCCAGAAGAAGAAAGAGCAAGAUAAACUCCAGCGAGAGAAGGAUAAGCUGGCCAAGCAGGAGCGGAAGGAGAAGGAGAAGAAAAGGACACAGAAAGGCGAGCGGAAGCGAUAGCUGGAGUUUCCCGGUUGGACUUUGAAGGGAUACAGGGGAUUGCGAAUGUGGUGUGUGUUGAAGCGCGGCAGCAGCUCUGGGCACGUGCUGGCGAGUGGUUCUGCAGAAGCCUUUCUUUCUUUUUUUUUUAUUUCUCUUUUCCAUAGCAGAAAUGAAAUUCCAAGCAGCUGUUGAGCUGGGAGUGUGCCAUGUGCCUGUGGUGUCAGAUGUCCCCGUCGGUUGUUGUGGCCAAUGUCUGUGCCAAAGAAUGGUGAUGUGAUGAUGUCCGUGUAUGAAAAACGAUCAAUUGUUUUACUUCUGACCACCUGCAGCAAAGCAAAACUGAGCUGCAGGGGACAGGAGAGGACUUCCCCACUGGCUGAGCCCUCCUGCUGCCCUGGGUCUGCAGCAAGAGCAUGGUAAGGGUUUGAGAGCCGAGUGCAGCCCCUCGCUGAUGUGUCAUUAAGGACAUGCUGCUGCAGGGCAAAUGUGAAUUUAUUUACACCUGCCUUCAAAAAUGUGUUUGCAACUCCUUAUCUUUAUGCUGCCAACAACAACGCUGCAUCUUUGUUCUGGCUGAGUGCGGGGUUUGGAGCUGACCUCAGUGAAGGCAACUGCUGCUCUGCAGCAGGAGAAAGGAAACCUAAUGAAAUAUAGAUGAGUUGCAGCUACGAGACUGCAGCACUCGCAGGCUCUUGGUGAAGCAGCGGCCAUGCUGGUCUGUGCAGCAGCCACGGAGUCCUGGCACUGCUUUUAAGGCUUGUUGCCAGUGGCUGGAGAGUGGUGCCCCCAGGGCUAGGGCUGAAUGUCCACUUACUGCUACAGCGGUGGCCAGGGCAAAUGCCUGAAGGUGGGUGCAGCGCUGCGCAGGCUGGGAGCACAAGCCAGUUGCUUUGGUCAGGUACAGCUGCAAUCUGGAGCCACCUGUGAAGGCCAAAUGCUUCUCUUGCGCCCGAAAGUCUUGUUACCUGCUGCUUCCAGCCUUUUUCCUGACACUGUCACCUGCCUCUGGUGAGGAGAGCACUCAUUUGUCAGCUGAGCAUGCAGGAGGAGCUGCUCUGGCUGCUGUGUGCUCUGGGCAGUGGGUGGCCCUCGGGCCCCAGUGCCGGCUUCAGCACCCCUCAGACCGAAGGGUCAUGCCUCCUGUUUAGCUGCUGCAAUUGUGAGUAUCUAGCUGCUUAUCUUUGGACUUGAACAAUUAAAACUAGUUGGCCAAGAAACUGGGUUCCCCCCUCUCCCUCUCCCUCUCUCUCUCUCUCUCUCUCUCUCUGUGAGUGGAAGUCACUGCUGUUGGUUGCGGGGGCUCCUCUCCCACCUUUCCCAGCAGCCAUGAUUCUGAGGGCUGACUCCUUGCUGCCAUGGGGCUGGUUCUUGUUUGUUCGCGCUUUGUUUCCUGAGGCUGCAGUGCUGGGGCUUUGCAGGGCAGCAGACAAUCUGUGCUUGUCCUGGCCCAGCCUGGGGGCUGCAGCAUCGUGUUUCAGGGGUGUCCAUGCAGCUGCCAGCGUGAAGGACUGCAGCAGGACAGCGGGGAGCUGAGGGAGAGUGGUGUCACAGCCCCACUGCACAGGGACUCCUCAAACCUCACCACUGUGCCCAGCCCCUGGGGACUGAGCUGUAGGUCAGCCCCUGUGCUCGAAGCAGCCCUGGCCCCACAUGGGCUGGAGGAAGCUGCUGGCUGUCAGGGUGAUCUAAUGCUUCCCCUCAGCUGCUCUGGCAGCAACAGCCACUCUCCCUUGCUGGCAGUAGUCUUGUUCCUAAGAUGGGCACCAAGAGCUCUGCCACCUGAACUUCCCCACUCCCUCCACUUUCCCGUGGAACACCAGCCAAGGGCUGGAGCUGCCCCGGCCCGCAGGGGUGUCCUAACCCAGCAGCAGACACUUUUGCUAUUGGUUCAUUUGCCUCUUCAGGUGAGGGAGCCCUGGCCCAGGCUGCCCAGGGAGGGUGUGGAGGCUCCUUCUUGGGAGGUUUCCAAACCCACCUGGACAUGUUCCUGUGCCCCCUGAGCCAGGGGAACCUGCUUUAGCAGUGGGUUGGGCUGGAGGAGCUCUGCAGGGCCCUUCCAACCCCCACCAGGCUGGGAUUCUGUGAUUCUGUAUUCACGAGCACAGCACAGGCAUCAACAUUAAGGAGUCUAUAGAGCAGGAAUACUCCAGCCAGGCUCCUAGGUUUCUAGUGGAGAUACUGCAAUUACAGCACAAGCUUCCUCUAGCAAUACAGAGCCUGUAACUAACAAGAUAUUUGCAGGGGAAAUAAACCAAUUUGGCUU